CCCCGGGCGCGCUGGUGGAGGUGGCCGACCCAGGUACCUACAGCGCCCUUGCCUACUCGCCCCCCCGUUCGGGCGGCAAGAAGCUGCCGCUGCUGCUGGUGCUGCACGGCGCCGGCAGAAACGACCGCGGCGUGUGGGACCUGGCGGAUCCCAGGGGUGAGCACGGGGGCCUUCCUCCGAGUCUCAUCACCCGAUGCUCGCGUGCGGCCGCGCCCCUGGAGAGCUCGCGGACAAUUUCGCCGUGGUGGCCCCGUACGCCGCGGGAAAGUCCAGCUUCUAUGUGGAGCCCAGAAAGAAGCUGAUACAGUUCGUCGAGUGGGUCUGCAGCGACGAGGGGCGUAGGGCCGGGUGCCCCACCGUGGACCCGAAGCGCAUAUUUCUCUUCGGCUUCAGCGACGGCGCCACACUGAGCGUGGAGCUGGCCACGACAGGACGCUUCGCAGGCGGCGUGAUCGCUGCCUACGGCUUCACGGGCGAGCUCCCUGCGCUGGCGCUGGCCCGCUUGAGGAAUCUGCCGCUCUGGGUGUUCCACUCGGCAGACGACCGCAUCUUCCCCGUGAGCUGCAGUGACAGGCUGGUCGGGGCCCUGAGGAAGGUGAACACAACGGACGUCGUGAGGUACACGAGGUACGAUCGAGACCAGGAGGGCUUCACUGGAGCCGUGCAGGGGCACAGCACCGGGAUCACCGCGGCCAGGCUGGCGGACACCUACUCCUGGAUGCUCUCCGUGGGCUAGCCUGGCCGCCCUGUUCUUGGCCUCCUAUAGAUUCAGGAGAGGCCUCUACCUGUGCCCAAGGCGUUGCGCGGUUCGGUAGCAAUUCAUGGGAGCUUUGGUUUGCCCUCGUGGCUUCGUCUUCAGAGUCGUCGAUUUAGUGUCGACUCGCAAGAGCCAGCAGGAUGGCGUGGGAGGCCCCCAUGAGUUGCCACCGGAGAGGGGCGUCGGACUCCUGAGAGGACAGCAUUGGU